AGUCAAGACCCACAACCACACUUGCAAUCACCACCACGUUCCCAACCACAGCCCAGCCCAGCCCCACACCGCUCACACCCAUCACAACAGCCAAGCCAAAACCUGCCACCACACAACCAACGCCAACCCCAGGCAAGCCAAAACCCAUGACACCAGCAACCACCACAGCCAUGGCCAUGCCAAAGCCCACCAUGCCAGCACCCAGCACCACUACUACCAAGCCAAAGGCCACCAUGCUAACAUCCACCACACCAAACCCCACCACAACUGUGACCAAGCCAGCACUCACCACAACCAACGAUGCAGCCAAGCCAGCACCCACCACACCAACACCUACCACUACUACAGCCAAGCCAAUACCUGCUGCUACAACAUCACCAAAGCCCAAACUCACCACCACAACACCAGCUUCUACCACAACAGCAAAGGUGCAGCCAAAACCUACCACAACCACAAAGCCAGAACGCACUGAAACAGAAAGACCCACUCCUACUGGGGCAACUGGGCUAUCUCUUUCCUUGGAGCCCACAACAGACUUAGAUUAUGAAGUGUCUCCAGAAGCAGAGGUAGACACUGGAGAGCCUGUUAGCCCCUUAACUACAGAGGAUCCAGCCUUGUUAGAAAGCAUGGGCACAGCCUUCAGCCCCAAAUCAGUCCCAGAAACAAAUCAAGGUCUCAAAGAGGAUGGGAAGGAGAAAUCGGCCUUUUCCAGCCCACCUCCAUCCCUCAACCAAAUAGUUCCAGAGAUCAAGUUAGGCUUCAACAAAGCUGAGCUCAUAACCCCCUCAAAGCCAGUGCUCUUCAGCCCUGAAGAACCCACCUUCUUGCGCUUAACUUCAUCUGCCAAAGACCAAAAAGGGCAGAGCCCUGCUUUCCAGAACUCCCUCUCAGGAGCCCUGGGCACCGAAGAACUGGAGACAAACUCGGACCAGGCAAGCGUGGAUCAGCCCACGGCUGGAGCCCCCAGUACCUGCAUGGGGCUUUCGCUCUUCCUCCUGCCCAGUGUCAUCCUGGUGGGCCUUCUGCUUUGAAUGGUCUUCCUCAGCUGCCCCUGCACCGGUCACCAAGGCUUUCUUCAGCACUGGUUGUUCCACAACCCUCGCAGGCUUGGGAGACGCCACAGACAAUACAGGUUGACACGCUCUCUUCUUAUGCUGCCUUAUCUGCUCCAGCCCCAGGGAGCCAAGGGCAGCUGGCAGUCCCAUAGGAACCUGGUCCCCUUCCUGAGGAGACCCAAGGGCAGGAGGGUGUCUGCCAUAGUGCUGGGGACCUUGGAUGCUUCUCCUUUCCUCUCAGCCAGCCUGGACUUCUGGUCCGUUUCCAAAUGGAAUGUGAUGAGCUCUCCCACCACCCGUGUGGCUGGCCGGCCCCGCCGCACCGUGUCCCCAGGGAAAGCACAAUGACUUGGAAACCGAGUGGCACUGAGACAUGGGCAUUGGUGUUUGUCUGUAGGUGAGACGUGGUGGUUGGGUUUGUCAGGAUAAGUUUCCAGCGGAAGCACUCCUUGCUCCUCCUGAUGUGUCUGUCUCAGUUCUGGAGAAGUUUCAUCUCUUCCCUUCUUCUCCAAAAAGAGUGGCUUCUUUUUUCCACAGGAGAGGAUUUCUGUUUCCUUCCUGGUUCUGGUACAGUUAUGGCCAGUGCUACCCAAAUGUUCUCCUUUCUCCUCCUCACACCUCUGCAGCCUUCGCCUCCUUCCUCUCUUCUGCUCUCUGCUGCAUGUACCCAUUCCACAGUCAUGGAAUCAUGGAACCCCAGCCUGGUUUGUGUUGAAGGGACCUUAAAGCUCCUCCAGCUCCAACCCUGCCACGGGCAGGGACCCUUUCCACUAGAGCAGCUUGCUCCAAGCCCCUGUGUCCAACCUGGCCUUGAACACUGCCAGGGAUGGGGCAGCCACAGCUUCUCUGGGCACCCUGUGCCAGCGCCUCAGCACCCUCACAGGGAAGAGCUUCUGCCUCAGAGCUCAUCUCAGUCUCCCCUCUGGCAGGUUAAAGCCAUUCCCCUUGGCCUGUCCCUACAGGCCCUUGUCCCAAGCCCCUCUCCAGCGUUCCUGCAGCCCCUUUAGGCACUGGAGCUGCUCCUUCUCUUCUAGUCCAGUGCCUUGACCAUUAUACGCAUGUGCCUGCACCUCUGUGCACGCACACAAGACAAACCUUCAGCACCAAAGAGUUGUUGCUGGCUCCUCAUAGAGCUUUCUUCUGCAUGGCUUCCUUCUGUGUGUAACUUAAGUGUAUUUGAAUUCAGAUACAGAUCCUGGUUGCCGUAUAACUUGUGUGUGAUGGAACUGGGUCCAGGAGAAAUAAAAGUCAGCAUGUGUGCUGGUGAAAAUUGGAGCUCGAGAGAGCCAAGGGGAUGAUGCUAGAGGUUACCAGUGGUUCCAGGACUUGCUGCAGGACCACUUUCACUGUCUGGGACACUGUGUUUAGGCCCCCCUUCAUGUCUCUGUUCCCUUCACCUGAGGAUUCCCAGGGAGUGUUGAAUAUGUGACAAGCUUUGAAGAGUGGUGGGAAGGGAAUAGGAGACCCAGUCCCUUCUCUGGUCGCUGCAUCCUUUGAUUUCUUAAAAAGAUGAGGUGUUGAAUGAACUGAAAGCCAAUAUUUGUGUCCUCCACUCCACUGUUGUGUCCUGUGCAUCCCCAGAGCAUGCACUGAAUAAACCCUGUGGUGAAAGGC